CGCCAUUAGUGAUCUGGACCUUUCUCCGCAUCCUCUUGAGAAGUUUACCGUCGUUUUCUCGGAGUCGGGGUAGCCGAGAGAAGCGAGUGUCAGAGCAAGGCCUCGCCAGCGUGAGUGACCGCCGGUUCUCAAGACUUUGAAUUUUUUCCUCCUUGCGCUUCCGUCAUUCUUGCCGUGACGUGAGCCCAAUCACGGCCGAGGACGAGGCGCUUUAAGCGGCCUCACCCCGGUCAAAUCGAUGAAGGGAAUCGCCAGGUAAGCAAACGAUUCCUAGGAAUGGAAUGACCGGGAGCCAGUUCUCACAAGGAAUCGGUUUUUGAUUCCCACCCUGACUCGUUGGAACCUCGAAUGUUAGAUUCCAACUUUAAGUUCAAAUUGAGCUUGCGGCGCUAGUUUACCUUCCUGCUUUCUCUUGUAUCGACUCCACAAGCAGCCUUGCUUGCCCGUUGGACGUUUUCUGGAAUCUUCCGUCAUGCCGCUGUCAAGCCAGUGGCCAAGUUUCGUCGCUAACUUGACGCCUUAUAAGGAAAGCACAAAAGAAUGUGUACAGCCUGUAGUUUCGCUAAGUCCUACAGAAAGAUUUGCGAGUAGGCAAGGGUUCACUGUACAUUUUAUGAACUAACUCAUUUAGUUUUAGUUUCAUAUGACUCAAUGAAUUGUACUGAUUAAAUAUGUAACUCGGUGCAUUUAAUUAAAUUUUUUAAAUGAACCUUUACAUCAAUGCAAUGCAUUGAAUGCGCAAUAGGAGAGCCGUGAUAUAGCGAGGGAGCACUGUCUAUCAUCCGGGACGAAGCAUGUGGAAAACAGUCAAAUGUGUCAUAGCGUGUCCAAAACAUUGACGAUGUUAAAUGAGUGUUCUUGUUUUUUUCUGUCUCCCUCCCACAAUACGCGCGUGCGUGACGCGGCGUUACGCGCACGCGCAGAGAGCGACGCGCGUGACGUCACGCGGGGAGGUGCGCAGCAAGUGACGCCAUCGCAUCCCUUCCCCUCGCGUUUUCGUCCCGAUCCGUGCCCGUCAUCGCACAGCAUCUUCCUCGCCAUCGCCAUCUUCAUCAUCAUCGUCAUCAUCAUCAUCAUCGCGCGAGCCAGGCCUUCAUCCUCCACCUCCUCUUCAUCAUGUCCGCCGCCAAGCAGGAGGCCCGCAAGGGCUCGGGCGAGUGGCGAGAGUUCUUCUGGAACCCGCGCACGCACGAGCUGCUCGGUCGAACCGCGGCCAGCUGGGGUCUGAUCCUGCUUUUCUACCUGGUCUUCUACCUGUUUCUGGCCGGGAUGUUCACUCUCACCAUGUACAUCAUGCUGCUGACGCUGGACGACUACAAGCCCACCUGGCAGGACCGCCUAGUCACCCCAGGGAUGAUGAUUCGUCCGAGGGGCAACCAGCUGGAGCUCACCUAUUCUCUGUCGGAGACGCAAAGCUGGGAAGGCUUCGUGCAAAAUCUCGACUCGUUUUUGUCCCCAUACGACGACAACCGGCAGGUUCAGAUGAACAACAACUGCCCUCCGGAUCAAUACUUCAUCCAAGAGGACAGUGGAGAGGUUCGGAAUAAUCCAAAGCGUUCCUGUCAGUUCAAUCGGUCAAUGUUGGAGGACUGCUCGGGGCUUCCCGAUCGUUUCUACGGUUACAGCCGAGGACAGCCCUGCGUGCUGAUCAAACUCAACCGGGUGAUCGGGAUGUUGCCGGGAAAGGACGGACAGUCACCUUUUGUCACCUGUGCCGCCAAAAGGGAGGACAGCGAUAAAAUGGGACCUCUGUCUUAUUUUCCUGCAAAUGGAACCUUCAACCUCAUGUAUUACCCUUAUUAUGGCAAGAAAGCUCAGGUGAACUACACUCAGCCGCUGGUGGCCGUCAAGUUCCUGAACGCGUCUCUCAACACCGACAUCGACGUCGAGUGCAAAAUCACCUCCAACUCGCUCGACCCCGGCAGCGAGCGGGACAAAUUCGCCGGCCGCGUGUCCUUCAAGCUACGAAUCGACGACAAGUAGACGCACAAACGCGCUAGGUCGCAAACGUCACCGCGCUGCAAUCAUGACUCUGACCACUCCCGGUUUCCCCCCCCCCCCCCCACUUACCGCACAAACUCGCUCACCCACCACAGUCCCCUCGCAGUUUGACGUCAGCACACCAGAAUCUCAGUAUACCUUACCUAAUCACAAUCAAGCUCUUUAUUUAACUAUUUAUGUAUUUAUUUUUGUAUUUAUUUUAUGCACUCACUGUCACCGUGUCCUGGAACCUCGGCUGGCAUUUCUAUCGUUUAUUUCAGUGAUUCUCAAACGGGGGUUCUCACACCCUUAAUGCACAAGCUGUAGCUUGAGGAUCUGCAAAAUGAUGAGCAAACAAUUAUUUCAUAUCAUUUUUAAAAAGCGGAUACCUACAUAUGGGGAAAGGUGCACCAAUAAAAUAAACCCAAACCAAUUACUCCUACCUACCUUCGUUCUAAGUCAAUUAAAAGCUCUGAUCACACUAUGUACUAUUAUCAAAUAAAUCGUCCAUCUUUGCACAAAGAAAACCCUAUUUUAUUUUUGAAAUAAAGGUGUCUUCCAGAAUAAAAGGCGUAAUAUUGUGAGGAUAAAGUUGUAUAUAACUUUCUUCCCUCAUUAAACGAUGACUUUCACAUCUCUUGGAAGAGUAUAGAAAUGUAGUCAUGUAAGAUUAUGACUAUCCUGACAAAAUAUGCCUUUUUUAUUGUAAAGAUUACUGCCUUUUUUUCUUGAAAAAGUACGACUUUAUUCUGACACGAUCAUGACAUUUUUUUCUCAAAAAAAAUAUAAAUUAGUUAUUCUGAUGUUACAAAUAGCAAACUUGUGGGCAGCCACAGUCUCUUAGGUGUCAGAAUGGUAAUUUUUUUUUUCUUAUCAAAGAAUUAUUGCAAUUCGUUGUGGACUUAACGGAGUUGAACAGUUUUCCUCUUACUGACUUUUGUGUACUUUCCCCACAAGUGUUCUCUUCCCAUCACCUUAGUUCGCCUUAGUUCGUGUGCAGCCAAUUAAGAUGUUGUAUGAUGUCAUGUGACUUCGGUUGUCAUGUCUGAACGUCAUUAAAAAUAUCGAUUUUG